AUGGCAAGAACAAAGCAGACCGCUCGUAAAUCCACCGGAGGCAAAGCGCCCAGGAAGCAGCUCGCUACUAAAGCUGCCCGUAAGAGCGCCCCAGCUACUGGCGGUGUGAAGAAGCCUCAUCGUUAUAGGCCCGGUACCGUAGCGCUGAGAGAAAUCCGCCGCUACCAGAAGUCCACUGAGCUGUUGAUCCGUAAGCUGCCUUUCCAACGUCUGGUGAGAGAAAUCGCCCAGGACUUCAAGACUGAUCUGCGCUUCCAGAGCUCUGCCGUCAUGGCCCUGCAGGAGUCCAGCGAAGCUUAUUUGGUCGGCCUGUUUGAGGACACAAAUCUGUGCAUUGAAAUCAUGUCAGGAAGAGGUAAAGGUGGUAAAGGACUCGGCAAAGGAGGCGCUAAGCGUCAUCGCAAGGUCUUGCGUGAUAACAUCCAGGGAAUCACCAAACCCGCCAUCCGGCGUCUCGCUCGUCGUGGUGGUGUCAAGCGUAUCUCCGGUCUGAUCUAUGAGGAGACCCGCGGUGUGUUGAAGGUGUUUUUGGAGAACGUUAUUCGUGAUGCCGUUACCUACACUGAACACGCCAAGAGAAAGACCGUCACCGCCAUGGAUGUCGUCUAUGCUCUGAAGCGUCAGGGUCGCACUCUGUACGGUUUCGGAGGUUAAAUGAUUAAAUCACGCAAACUCAAACGGCUCUUUUAAGAGCCACCCAUAUUAUCACAUUAA